AUGCCAUGGCUCGCUCGCCGGCUGCAGCACCUGUGCAUCCUCUACAGCUCUGUCUUCUCUGCCAUUUCGGUAUUUCUGAUGAAUCGCUCUUUCGAGGAGCAACGCAGCCGUGGUGGGGGUGCUGGCGCAUGGCUCCGCUGGGGUGCUGCCCGACUCUGGCGGAAGGCCCUUCGUCAGGUUCCUCCGCUCCUGUUGGCCUAUGCGAUCUUCCAUCAAGGUCUGCCGCUUCUGCCGUUGGACAUUGCGGCACGCGCCUCACUCGAGGGCAAGAAGCGGCUCUGCUCUAGCUUCGAGGAUUCCUUCAACCCUGAAUGUUGGAACACCUUCGCGAACUGGGCCAUCCUUCGCGAUGCGCAGCUCGAUGUUGCCAUGGCUGUGCUACUAGUUUUGCGGGGGAUCGUCGGCGAUCUUCUGGGCUUGGCGCUGACGGGAGCUCUCCUGGCGGUCGCUCUGCACAGCAUCCUACAAGAAGACCUGGGUGAUGAGAAUCUUCUUUGGUCGCUGCCGUACCGGCGCCUCCCGGAGACUUUGAGCACCAUGAUCAUGGCAACCUGGCUCCCGUCUCCGCGCCGUCCUGGCUCCUGGACGCUGGCCCUGGCAGUUGGCUUCUUGGUACUUACAGUGCAAUGCGACUGGCUCGUAUCGAGCCAGGAUGAGGUGGCCACUGUGCAGCUCGACGGUCGCAAGCGUGCUAUCGACAUGCAGGCCCGGCUCAUGUUGGCCUUGGGCUGGGUGCCGCUUGGCGCCUCGGUGUUGCUGGUGGCCAAUUCGGAAAGCAAGAUGCUGAAGGUCAUGGCUGGCCAUUGGCUUUGGGGCACCAUAGGGUCACAGCUGUCCUUGCCAAUGCUCUUGGUUCACAACGUGCUGUUCGUGGUCAUUGAGGGGGCGGCGCUGCCUGGGCCUUCCUGGGAUUACCCCUUCUCGUACAUGAUCUUCUUCUCGCUGUUGCUGGUGGUGCUCUGGGCCUCCUGGCUGCUCUCCGCCACGAUGCAGCUGCUGUUUCUGGGCCCAGUCUACGAGCUGCUGAGGAGGCCGAUGGCAUGGGCCGAUGAGUAG